CGUCUAUUUGAAUGAAGCGGUAAUUACCACAUUUCAUUAGCCUGAAAAGAGUCCUUUUCAUUCACAUGAGUAACUGGUUAUCCCAAAGUAUUAUGUGAUCCAUUUUCCUGUAGGAAUGUGUCAGCAACCAUAUAUUUUCCCAAUGAUGAUCAAAUCUCUGGCACUUUGCCAUCUGGUUAUGGCAUGUAAAAAUUCUGAGUAGUCUAUUAUAAAUUCGUAUCAUCAAAUGGCUUGUACCCAAAAUAAGUUUGAUAAAUUAUGAGGUCUACAUGUUUUUUAUAAAGUGUUUAGUACAAAAUACGGAACUGAUUUAUUUCAUCAGAUGUUACUUUUUCUUUAAUUACACAAAGAUUAUCAGUUAUUUUAUUUGAGCCAUGCUUUUAUCAGACUCUAAUCUUACUCCUUUGUUUGGCAAGAUUAAAAAAGUUCAGAAAAUCACUGCUUAUUAUGUAUCCUGCCACCUAACAAUGGAACAUUUUGACCUACGAUGCACAAUGAAUUCUACUAUUAGAGUCAAAUAAAGUGAAUGAUGCCCUGUCUCAUUACACACUUGUAGAUAACAGUAGUAAUAAUGGAAAAAAACGUAGUAACACUCAAAUGUAUAAUGCAUGCAGAAUUAUAAUAAAAAAAAAAUACCUAUUGUGUCCGACUAAAUUAUCACUAUGUGCUUUGAGAGAAAUUUGAAAUAUUAUCAAUAUUUUUAAGUACUUUUCACUGACUGUUACAUUAACUUCAUACUUGACAAUUUUACCGACUAGAAUAUUUAUACUCUGCCAUUCAUUCGAGACUGUUCAAAGAUUCAAAUAAUUGUAACAGCUGUUGUGACACGAUCAAGUCGUAUACGCCGACUACAUUGUACAUGUAUGCUGAUAUAGAUGAACCACUAUAGAUCAUACAAGGACAUUCAGUUACAUCAUAAGUUAAGUAAUAUCAUAUGACUUACUCAGCUGAUUUGUUCCAUUCUUUGUUUUCUCAACAAGAUGAGUUCAACUAAAUUUUUUUCUCACCAAGUUAUGUAACCACUCACCAAAUGUACCUCCAGCAUAAUUGAUAUCAAGUUCUUAUGUUCAUAAUAAAUUUGGAGAUAUGUCGCUGUUACUUGCAUCAACGGUUGGAUCACUUGGGGUGGCUGUAGGCUCCGUUGCUAUUCUAGAGCCAGAUGAUAGGAUUAGCUUAAGACGUGGCGCUUGUUUAUCUGCCCUGGGUUUCAUAUUUUUCCUCUCACUUUUUGACUUCCUCAAUCACAUGGCGCUGAGGACUCGUACUGGUUUACGUCUUCGAAAGAAAUACCAUCUCACGGCACCUGAUGUAUUGGACAUAUCUAACAAAGUUGUGUCUGCAGUGCAAGCUGCGCUAAGUUGUGUCACUGGAUCCAUCGUUUGCAUGUGGUCUUGCACAAGAUCGUUCCUUCAUACAUCACAUUUUAUGAGCGAAGCUUAUGCUUGGUUUGGAGCUUCCUACUUCUUCUACGAUAUCUGGUCAAUGUAUCGAGUACAUGCCAGCACUUCAGAGCACAAAAAAGAACAAAAAUCUGAUGCUGGUCACAUAGUCAAUGUGCGACUUUAUCUCAAGGAACAACCUGUCAUUGUCAUGCAUCAUUUAUUCAUAGGCAGCUUUGGAUUUUUGAUCAUUGUUUACUUACGUGGGGGUCUAGGUGAUUGUGUCUUUGGCUUUGUCUAUCUCAUGGAAUUGAGUACACCAUUUGUGUCCAUGCGGGGUAUUCUGAGCAGAUUAAAGAUGAAGGCUACACAAUUAUAUGUUACAAACGGGAUGAUUAUGAUUGGAACCUUCUUCGUAUGCAGAGUAGCCAUGUUCCCAUACCUUUGUUAUCUAUACAGCGAGCUUGUAGACCUACCUUAUUUUGAGGCAAUAAUGUCACUGCCACGAGGCUGCAAGAUCAGCAUCGCAAUAUUACUGCUACCUCAGAUGUAUUGGUUCUGUCUCAUGGUAUUGGGAGCUGUAAAAGUGUUCAGACCAAAAACAAACAAACAACAGAAUGGCUCUGCUAGUUCAAAUAGCAACUGUGGUAAUAACAAAAGUAUAAGAAGGUUUAAUGGUAAGUUGCAUAGCUGAUCAAAAUAUAAGAUCAAGUUUUUGCGUCCUCGUUGAGUCAUUAACCGAACUAAUUUUUAGGCAGUUAUGAUGUUGGUACUUUCCGAAAAAUUAGCUGCAUUAUUUUUUAUGCGAAUUUCUAAUCUUUACCGAUAAUUUUAUGUGAUUAUAUAAUUCUUUAUUUCUACAAUACUUUGCUUUGAAGAAAGAAAAAAAAAACCAUGUGAAAUUAUGACUAUAUAUUAGUCACGAGAAAUUAUCCUCGCUUUGUACGUAAAAAAGCACCAGAUUGUGAUAUGAUUUGAAAAAAAAAAACGAUUGAAAGAGAAAAAGAUAAUGUUAUACAAUCAUUUGUAUACUCUUUGUCUGUUUUCAUUUCGAUUUCAUUUUUUUCAUCAUGCAUUUAUCUACAAAUACAUAUGAUACUGCGUUAUCAAUAACAGAUUAGUGUCUUUCUGGGAUAGGUAUCAAAGCGUAUCUUUCAUUUCGAGCUUGCAACUAUAAACUGGAAAAUAUAUUGCCAUAACGCAUAAAUUUUCGAGCACUCUCAUGCUUUUCAUUACUCUAUAUAUUGUUCAUGAGUCACAUGCUACAAGCAGACUCAAGUUCAUGUAUACAUAUAACACAUAGUGCACGUAUAUUGGAUUAUUUUUUUAAAUUAUGUCGUACAAGCACUUAAUAUAAUAGGUAUUCGAAGUUGAUGGUUGAUUAAGAUGUAAUGCUUUUAAGCACGGGAAUUAAUUGAAGUCAUGUGCAGCGUCAAAACACAAAUCCGGUUAACCUUCUGGAAAUUAUAUAAAUAAUCCUAACUAUUUCAAUGCUCUACGACUAUUAUACGCAGUUAUAAGCAGAUUAUAUGUUUUUUUUUUUUUUUUUUACAAAAUGUGACAGUCGAUUCGAUUCAUACGUGCAAUGAGUUUUACAGCUGAAUUUGUUUUCGACAUGAAAAAAUUAUAUUGUGCUAUCACUGUCUAGUUUGAAACUCAAGAUAAUAGAAUAGGAGAAAGAGGUUUUCCGAAACGUUGAUGAAGUAUUUGAUAACUAUUUAUUAUACUGUAAUAAACUUUUUUGGAUGCUCGUUGAUAUAUCUUGGAGAUGUUGAGAUAUACUUUUGAGGAAAUGAAUUGUAGAAAGUGACUGAAAAAGCUUUUUAGAUAAGGGUUCAUUGAGCUUAAUGGGUAGAGAAAAUGAUGCCCAAUGUAUUAUAUCUUUUGAAUUUACUAAUUUAUAUUUAUUUACACAUGAAAGCACAAAACUGAUUGCUGACAACGAGCGGCACAGUCUUCUCCUUGGAUUUAUACAGCCUGGUGUGGAAGUUUAUCUUAUUGCUCAGAACUGAAUAUAGUUUUUCAGUGCCAUGCUGCGUAGAUCUGACAUAUUUAUCAUUGUAUACACUGUCAGUAUGGAAUUCAAAUAAACAAACUGAAUACGUGAUUCACCAAAUUUUAUAACAAACUAAAAUUUUCACAAAAAUCAGGAAUUUUAUACUAUAUAUACAUGAAUUGGCCAUGAUUUACCCGUGAAUUAUCUUAAUGACUAGUUUGACACAUCAAAAUAUUUCGAAAAGUUGGCUACGGUUACGGCACUGAUAAACAGUGACUUAUUCGGAACAUAAUCACUAAAAAAUUCAUCUGAUACGCACACUUGUUUCUUGUAAAAAUGUGUGUGGAUAGAAAUUGUGAUGGGAGAAUAAAUUUAUGAUUAGGAUAUUUUUCAUUCUUUGCAACUUAAUUCGGUGAUACACAUCAUACAGAACUUUUUGGUACACUUAUUAGUUCUGCAAGAAUCUAUGAAUGAAUUCAUUCAAAAGUGAUCGUUUUGACGUCAUAAAAUCAUGUUGAAUUUCAAUUCAGUUCAUUGUCCAAGCCUGAGCCAUAAAUUCGAAAAACUUUUUAUAAUUUACUUCGUGAAAAUACCGAAUUAACUCAAUCAGAUUUAUAGUCAAGUGAAUUGACUGAUUAUGAGAUUAACAUAGAGAUGUAGUAAGCAUUUGAUAUAUAUUGAAUCAAAUUUUAUCUCAAUUAUGUUACAUCGAAAAAUAUACAUCUACUUAUUUAGUCGUUGUCUAGUCAUGUCAUUAUGAUGAAAUUAUGUGUAGUUUUAGUAAAUACCUAUUUAUAAGCGACAGCAUUUGAAUACAUAGAUAUGUAUACGUAUGUGGAUAGAAGUUACAAUGAUGUUUUACAAUAAUCAUGUUACAGCUAUUGAAUAGUAUAUGAACUGUUGAAAUUUGGAGUCAUAAAGAUGAUGAUAAUAUUGAUAAUAGAAGUUUUAUCAUAUGGCAUAUCGAGUACCUAUAUAACAAAGUGCCACAAAAUUUCUUUGAAAAUCUUAUGCGCCAGGAAAAAACAUCAACGAUAGAACCCAAAACUUACAUUGGGUCUUAAACAAUGGCUCUAAAACGGUCAGUAAUUGUAGUUUUUCUGCACACGAGUACUCCAAAUGCAGCGACCAGCGACCAGCAGUCUGCUGCUUAUGUAGUAGUCUACAUUUGUUAUAUUACUGUAUGUGAUUGCCACCAUACAAAUUAAAAAUCGUAGAGUGAUACAUUACUUCUAAACUGUUCCUGCACAAAAUAAGUGGUUGUUUGAUUAUAUUUGAAUGAUUUCUUGUAGUUCGAUAGGUUACAUUGUUUUCAAUCUUGUAGCUAAUUACAUGGAUUACAUUCAA